AUGUAUAGGCCAUUUGGGAGACUUUGGUGGGAUGAGAUUGUGAAUACGAUUGUGACAAGAGCAGAGCCGCACAAUCAGUGCGUGCUCCAUCCGUUGCAAGAUCGUGUGUUGACUGUUCGUGAGAAUGCAAGAAUUCAAGGGUUUCCUGAUUUUUACAAGCUUUGUGGCAAAGUAAAGGAGAAAUACAUUCAGGUUGGAAAUGCAGUGGCAGUUCCAGUUGGGAUUGCGUUAGGUUAUGCUUAUGGAAUGGCGAGUCAAAGACGUACAGAUGAUAAGCCUGUGAUAAAGCUUCCCUUCAUGUAUCCUCAAUGUAUGAUGGACAUGGUAAUUCCUGAGGAGAUGGAGGAGCAAGAGAUGAUGGUAAAUGCUGAUGAGGAGCUAGAGAUGAUGCUAACUUGGGGAGGAGGUAAAGGAAGAAGAAGUCGUAGAAGAAGAAGAAUAGGAAGAAGAAGACUUUGUUCGGUUUGGUUUUAG